AUGAACAGCGCGUUCAAUUGGCAUCGAUGCGGAUCAGAGAACUUCAAGCUGAUCAGCAGCAGUGCAGGUCAAUAUGAGAUCCGCAGCCGCGCCGCGUCAGCCAAUCGCUGCCCCUUCUCUUUUGUCACGUGGCAGACGGCGUCUAGGUAUAAGAUGUAUGCGGGCUCAUAUGAUCAGCUGGACGCGGGGGCGCUCCCAGAGGCGCUCGGGUUCGCGGAGCUGCGAGCACAAAUAGUCGGGCAGGCGUUUGGGGACGUGUUGGAGUCGGCUGUGGGCACGGGCCUGAAUUUGCCGCUGUACGACGCCUCGCGCCUCUCCAGCUUCACCGCCGUCGACAUCAGCCCCGGCAUGCUGCGGGAGGCCGCGCCGCGCGCGGAGGCACUCAGGCGGCGCCUCUCAGGCGCCGAGCAGCAGCGGCAGCAGCAGCGGCAGCGGUCAGAAGCCGCCGGCGCGGCUGACGGGACAGCAGGGCCAGGGGUGCAGUUGCUGGUGGCAGACGCGGCGGCGCUGCCGUUUGCGGACCGCAGCUUCGACUGUGUUCUGGACACCUUCAGCCUCUGCGUGUUCGAGCGCCCCGCGGCCGCCGUGCGCGAGAUGGCGCGUGUGCUGCGGCGCGGCGGGCGGCUGCUGCUGCUGGAGCACAGCCGCAGCGACAAUCCGCUGCUGGGGGCAUACCAGGACCUGACAAACCCCGCGGUCCAGCCGAUGAGUAAGGGCUGCGCCUGGAACCAGGACGUCAAGGGGAUGGUGGAGGCGGCGGGCCUGCGCGUGGUAGAGUCCCAGCGCCACCUCGCCGGCACCAUCACGCUGCUCGUCGCGGAGCGGGUCUGA